UACUCGGUUCACAAGACUCUAGUCGGGCACACUGACUCAAUCAGCUGCUUGAAGUUUUCUCCAAAAGGUCACCUCUUAGCCAGCAGUGGAGAUGACAGUCAGUUAAUAAUCUGGGAGACUUCAACUGGAAAAAUUCGCCAUCAGAUCACCACCGUCAGCCCCGUUUUUUCUAUGGUAUGGGAUCCUCGGUACAGAACGAGACUGUUUUGCGGGUGCGAGAAUGGGAAAACCUUGCUCAUCGAUCGCUUUCAGGGUCCGGAUCACGAAGUACUGACUGGCACAGUAGCGCCAGUAUAUGCGUUAGAUUUAGAUGCGGUUACUGGUUACUUGGCUAUAGGAAUCGGUUCUGAAGUGCACGUCGCACAGGAAAUCUCUGGCAAUACUUUCGCGACAUUCACAAUCCUCCCAAAACCCGCCGAUUUGUCCGACACGUUGCCAGAUAGCAGAGUUCGUCCAAGAUCUGUGCAUUUCUUGAAGAACGGCACAAGGUUGAUCGUCUCCUAUCUCAACCACGGCAUUAUAUGUUGGGAUCUGAAGACCCGCGACGCCUUAUGGCACAUUGUCCCGCCUCUUAGUCGUCGUCAAAUUGGAUACGCAGCAUUGUCCCAUAAUGCCCGCUACCUACUUGUGUCAAACAUGAAUAUCGGCAUGAACCUGGAUGCCUUAGGCGAGAAGGAGCCCUUACAGUCUUUCCUCCAGCCCACAAAUACAGGUAUCAAUUUUCCACUCGGAGUAAGCUUUUUACAUCAGGGGGGAGCCGUUGUAUGCGGCUCGCAGACGGGCAGCGUCAAAAUCUGGGAGACACUGUCUGGAGAGCAUCUUCAGACACUUGAGCAUAAA